AUAUCUUGGUUGAGCUGCGCGUUGUGUUGACUUGUGUAUUUUUCAAAAGUAUUUAGCCAAUUUAAGAAAUAAUUCUACUUUAAAAGCAAGUUUUGAUAGGUUUAUUUAGAUUAGUAGACGAAUGUUGCUAUAAUUUAAUAUAAACAUGCCGUCUAUUGACGUGAUGGGCCCUCCGGGACAGGUCCUGGAAGGGCCGGUGGAAGAGCCUCAAGCACCUCCUCCACCAGUAAUUGGCAUCAUCUAUCCGCCACCAGAAGUGAGAAAUAUUGUUGACAAGACCGCCAGCUUUGUGGCCCGAAAUGGUCCAGAGUUUGAAGCUCGCAUCAGGCAAAAUGAACUUGGCAAUCCCAAAUUCAACUUCUUAAAUUCGGGGGAUCCAUAUCAUGCUUAUUACCAACAUAAAGUGAAAGAGAUUAGAGAAGGAAAAGGUCCAGAUCCUUCUGCGCCUGCCCCUGCACCGCCUGGUGUAACUCGUGGAGGUUUAGCUCCAGCAACUGCAGCCCGCCAACAGGAGUUAUUAAAGGCUGCCGCUCCCGCUGAACCCCCGCCGCCGAGAGACCCCCCACCAGAUUUCGAAUUCAUAGCUGAUCCACCUUCGAUUUCGGCCCUGGAACUCGAUAUCGUCAAACUCACUGCGCAAUUUGUUGCUAGAAAUGGAAGACAAUUCUUAACAGACUUGAUGAAGAAAGAGGAAAGAAACCAUCAAUUCGACUUCUUACGUCCGCAACACUCCCUCUUUCAAUAUUUCACGCGUCUUCUCGAACAGUAUACCAAAGUGUUGUUGCCUCCUAAAGAAUUAGUGACUAAAUUGGGUUCUGAGAUACGGAGCGGGAUUCUGGAGCAGGCUCGGAGCCGUGCCGCAUGGCACUCUCAUCAAGCUCGUCGCAAAGCGGCCGAUGAGGCUAGAAUCGAAAAAGAGCGUUUGGCUUACGCGUCUAUUGACUGGCAUGACUUCGUCGUCGUCGAAACUGUCGACUAUCCAGCUGGAGAACCUGGAGAUUUCCCACCGCCGACAACUCCGUUGGAAGUUGGAGCACGAGUGCUGGCGCAAGAGCGCGGGGAAGAUAUCGCUCAUGUACCAGAAGACGAUGAUACUGAGAUGCAGCUCGAAUCAGAGUCGGAGUCCGAUAGCGACGAGGAAUUAGAUGAGAUGGAGGAUAGGACGCAGCAGCAACAGCGGCCCGACGACAACAGAGUUCAGGAUAUGGAAGAAGAGAGCUCAUCUGAGGAUGACGAGCCUAUGAUGCCUCCACCGCCGCCUAGCGAGGAAGCACCGCUGCCACCUCGCGCUGAUCGCGUGGUGGUUAAGAAAUAUGAUCCGAAACGUACCCGCCCUCAACAGGCGGCGGGAGAGGAAUGGCUGGUGUCUCCGAUAACAGGUGAAAGGAUCCCGGCCAACAAGGUGGCGGAUCACGUGCGCAUCGGCCUGUUGGAUCCGCGCUGGCUGGAGCAACGUGACCGCGCCGCCGCCGAGCGGACCGACAGAGACGAAGCGCUCGCACCUGGCGCUGCUAUAGAGGCUUCAUUGAAACAACUCGCGGAACGCCGUACCGACAUUUUCGGCGUGGGUGAUGAGGAGACUGCGAUCGGUAAGAAGAUAGGUGAAGAAGAGAAACGUCGCGAUGACCGCGUCACGUGGGACGGGCACACGUCCAGCGUGGAGGCGGCCACCAGGGCUGCGCGAGCGCAUAUCACGCUCGAGGAUCAGAUACAGCAGAUACACAAGGUGAAAGGCUUACUGCCGGACGAGGAGAAGGAGAAGAUCGGCCCCAAGCCGGUAUCGGGUGGGGCCCGCGCGCCCCCGCCUCGUCCCGCGCCUGCGCCCCCGCGCCCCCCUGCGCCCGCGCCCGCCCCCGCCGCGCCCGCGCCGCCCCCGCCCGCGCCCGCCGCGCCCGCCCCCGCGCCCGUGCUGCUGCAGCCUCUGCCCCCGCUCAUGGUGUUACCGCCGAUGGCCCCGCGGCCGCCCCUGAUCCCCACGCCGGUGGGCGUGGGCGUGGGCGUGGGCAUGGGCCCGGGCCCGUCGUUCGGGUUCGCGUCGGCGGGCGCGCCCCCCGAGGAGGAGGACGCGCCCGCCGCCAAGCGCACCCGCACCGAGGACGCGCUCGAGCCCGAGGCCGCCUGGCUGGCGCGCCAUCCCGGCGCCGUGCCGCUGCAGGUGGCGCUACCGUCGCUGCCGGAGCGGUCUGAAUGGCGAUUGGACGGCCGCGUGGUGCCGCUGAGUAUCGCGCUGGGGGCUCCAGUCGCUGAACUGAAGGGAAUGUUGCAGCGAGCCACCAACAUGCCCACCGCUAAACAGAAGUUGCACUACGAGGGUCUCUUCUUUAAAGAUACGAAUACACUGGCAUAUUACAAUGUACCGCCAGGAGCAGUCAUACAUCUCCAAGUCAAGGAGCGCGGUGGACGAAAGAAAUAAUGCUACAUCUAUCUCACUAUCCAUCUAAUAAUGUCUUUCCCUCCGCGAUACAGUUUAGACUAUCUGUAAGCUACAUAAAAAUAUGUGACUUUUCUUGCAAAUAUCUUUAAGAUAAGAUCUGUUUUUACAGUAUU